AUGUUCGUCCGUCAACUAGUCGUUAGAGUCAUCGCUGCCGCAGCGUUGCUCAAGAUAUUGAGCGUCAUCUGGCACCAAUAUGUCUUUCAGUCUUUCCUCGUCGAACAGCAAAUCACAUUCGAUGAUUUCCCCACCGACUACGCGAAGAAAUUGAACGAAUCGCGGGUAAACAACCAGCAGCCUCAGGAGUCCGACUACUCUUCCACCUACAACGGAACCAAGAUCCCACGUACGAUACACUACAUAUGGUUCGAAAGAAUCUACCCAGGCCAUGAAGGGCCUUCUGGAGGCCCAUCGAUUGGAUUUGGAUCACCGCAACUAUGUCGCGAGCACAACCCAAGCUACGAGGUCCGCAUGUGGAAUGCAACGAGCGCUCGCGAGUUUCUAUCCAAUGAGUACGCCUGGUUUUUACCAACAUAUGACAACUACAAGUACCCUAUUCAGAAGGUCGACGCCUUGAAGUACUUCGCGCUUUAUCACUUUGGUGGUGUAUACAUGGACCUAGAUGUCGCGUGUCGACGCUCAUUGGAUCCUUUGCUUGACUUUCCGGCCUGGUUUCCGGAAGCAUCGCCUUUGGGUGUCAAUAACGACCUGAUGGCAUCCGCAGCAAAGCAUCCGAUCGUGAAGAGGAUGACAGAGGGUCUGGUGACACACAACUGGAAUCUGCUGUUCCCAUACCUUACAAUCUUCUGGACGACCGGGCCACAGUUCACGAGUACGAUACUGCAAGAAUGGUUCGAGGAAUGUCCCGAUGGAAAAUGUAUGCAGCGCGGGGCCAGAGACGACCUUGACUCAGAUUCCUUCGUCGUCCUACCGCGAGUGUUCUACUCAGAAGAAUACACCUUCUUCGGUCACAAGCCUGGAGGAUCAUGGCAUGGUGGGGAUGUCGCCGUGGUAUUGUGGUUCGUAGAGCGACCAUGGGCGAUCGCAAGUGUUGCCACGGCCUUUGUUGGGACGAUCUUUGGUAUUAUUCGGUUAAGGAGUAGACGGGCCCGACAGAGAGGGAAGGCAUAUAUUCCACUGGUUUAG